AGACGUGACGUGUUGCCUGGGUACCAGAACCCGGGGCUGCCACAGCGGGAGAGCAGGGCAAUCGGUACAGCGAGAAAAGGAAUGAACUAACGUUGUUUUAAUAUAAAUUUUUGAUGGAUGCAUCAGCCAAGGAAGAAAGCAGUAAAACUGUAAGGCGGAGAGAGGAACGUGGAAAGAGACCUGCGAGGAAGCGAUCACAGCGCCCGCAGAAGCCUGCUUCAGUCACGCAGCUCAUUAAACAGCUGAAACAGAUAGUGUUCUUUGACUCUGACGCUCACGUGACCCGGCGUCAGGUUCUUAAUCAAACAAAGAACUAUAUCAAGGAGCUUGAAAACACUUUGGAGAACCUUCUAAGGACGAGAGAUGACAGAAUGCCGUGCACCCUGGAGCAGGUUAAAGAAGAAUAUCUGCAGCUUUAUUGCAUUGAUACCAGCUCCCCAGUCUCAGAAAUAAACUCAGAUAAUGACCUGGGAAUGUGGUACCUCAGCCAGGAAUGUGAGACAGACAUCGGCAUGAAUGAGGUUGUGGAGAACUCAGAGGAGGCUUAUGUCCUACCAGCCACGUCCUCAGAUGUGAUGGACUUUGAAAGGUACAUGCAGUUCUACCAGCAGACCAUGGACACUCUGGUGGAGAAUACGGUUAUAUCCCAAGAGGAGGUCUCCAACCCUGUUGUCUCCAAAGCCGUUGCCGACCUGUGGCAAGAUCUGUCACAAGAGGGCACUGUAGAAUUGUACCUGGAGAGCUGCCAGCAAGCUCGGAUUGCUGCCCACGCCCUGGCUUGCUCGGAGAACGUGGGCUGUUCUGGCACAACAGUUAGAGACAGCGGAGCUGAGAGCCAAGAAGCCUCCUGCUCAUAUGUGUCAUCUACUCCUGAGGAGAUGCUUUUUGAGGAUGCUCUGGAACAUGUAGCUGCUGGGUUUCUAGAUCAAAGCAAAGCUCAGGACGUGGCCACCAGCCCCAGCUCGGAAAGUUCUUCCUGGGAGUGCCUGGAUACAGACUGUCUUCUUUACAGCCGGGUCACCGAUUUUCUAAAGGCCUGCCUUUGUUCCUACACACAGGAGGCGAUGCUGCAGUGCCCCAACCUGCCUAUUAUCAUCUUCUCCCAGAAUGCAGAGCAGCAGUGCGACAACAUGGAGUUCCCCGUCUGCCCCCAGGAUGCCGUGCUGCAGUAUGACAGCCUGGCCUCCCCCGUGCUGCUUUACUCUUGGGGUGCCCCGGGACCAUGUGACAGCACGGGCUCUCCUGAACUGUUCUGCUCCCAAGAUGGAGCCCUGCUCGGCGACGAUGAGGCGGUGCUGCUCACGUGCAUGGAAACGCUCGAUGACGACAUGUAGCGGCUUUGCGCUUGGUCUCUGUUGCUAUGGUACUAGUUCCUGUGUUUUUUGGGUGUAAAAUUUUCUAUAAUUUAUGUUAUAAUAACAAUGUAUAUCUUUUAUAAUUCAGUUUAUGGCCACUAGGGGGUGCCCAUCUGUACGAAUCCCCCCCAAAGCAGCUCACAAUAUUGUUCUAAACUCAAUAGAUACAAAUAUACUUAGUUCUGGUUCACUUUAAAUAAAUCCGGUCUUUCUGGUUCCUCCAUUUCUCUACAGACACAUGAAAUCAUCUGACAUUUACCAUUAGAUUGAAGUAUUUAAGCCCACGGCAGACCGGUAGCAACUUUUUGGCUGUGCAUUAACUUUGCCCUGUAUUAAUGGCCAAUUAUCGUUUUUAGAAUGCAAAUAAUCGCUUGUAAGUAAAUGGCUAACGAUAGAAAUGAUUAAAGAGUUUUAUGGUUAUUAAGGUGAA